AUGUCAUCAUGCACACAACUCGACUUUCCUCUGGAUAUUCUCGCUCAGCAAUCUCGGAUUAACACAAUUUAUACACAAUUGGUGUUCUUCUUCGUCGCGAACACCAGUGACAGCGAUAGCUUGACGCAAAUCAUCAGCAGCUUAGAUGCUGCUCUAAGCACUCUGUACCAGAGCUUUCCGUGGACUUCCGGUAACGUGAUUGAGGAGAACAACAGAUUCGUUAUCAGAGUAUCGGAACGAAAGCCCCGUCUGAUCGUCAACGAUCUGCGUACUAGUACGAGUUUCCCGGAUUGGAAUGCGCUUGCAGCCGCACAGUUUCCGUUCAGAUGGCUUGAUGAGAACAUUAUUGCAGCCCGGAAGACGUUGGCAGACGCGACCGAGCUGAAAACGGGCUUGCCCGUUUUCCUUGUUAAGGUCAACAUCACGCAAGGAGGACUGUUGGUAUCAUUUGACAGCCAGCAUGGCUCGAUGGAUAUGACUGGCCAAGCGGAACUGAUUCGUCUCUUCGCGAAAGCUUGCCGUCAUGAGCCUUAUACUCCGAGUGAGCUCGCCAUCGCGAAUAAAGAUCGCACCAACGUCGUCCCGCUGCUGAACCAUCUUGAUAUCGAGACCGAAUUGACGGAAAGGUCUGAUUCCGGGUCGUCUCAUGUGUCUCCAGCUCCAGCGCGAGAGUCAACAUUGACUUGGGCAUACUUUAUUUUCUCUGCUCGAUCGCUGUCCGACCUAAAGUCUCUUGCGAUGCAAAAUGUAGAAAAAGGAGGGUUUGUUUCAACUGAUGAUAGUCUCAGCGCGUUCAUUUGGAUGAGCCUGUGUCGAGCACGAGCUUGUCGCUUCGGCCACGAAGCGCCUUACUUGUCAACGCUGUCGCGAAAUGUCGACGUUCGCCGCGUCUUUUCGCAGCCUUCGUCGUACACGGGGCUUUUAGUGACUUCGACGAUUCACACCAAAUCUCUGGACGAGCUUGAGCGAUCGUCCCUCGGUUCAGUUGCUCUCCAAUUGCGUGCGGCGCUUGCUCCCGAGAAGCUCAAACGUCAAUUACAAGUCCAAGCUUCGCUGAUGAGCCGCGGUGCUGGAGACAGGUAUAGAAGUGUUAUAACCUCAGACCCAAGACUUGAUGUUAGAGUGAGCUCAUGGGCAAAAGAAACAUGCUGCAUCCUUGACUUUGGUUCUCCACUACAACACCCGGACGCAGUUCGAACACCCCGAUUUGCUGAGGGUGCAAGAGAAGGCCUAGUGUAUCUUUUACCAAGAACGAAAACCGGUGAAAUCGUUGUAGGAAUAUGCCUGCGCGAAGAUGAUAUGGAAACAUUGAUACACGAUGAGCUGUGGAGUUCACGAAGUAGUUACAUCGGUUGA